AUGUGUAUGGGAAGUGCGUACUGGAGUUCUAACGGGACCACCUUCUUUUGGAUAUGUAUUGUGUUGUCCGCUGCCGGAAGUUUCACGGAAGCAAUAUUUACGGUUAUGUUGUACGCCGACAUCACCAAUCGUUUCAAGAAGGAAAGUGGCUUGAUGAUUUCAUUACUGCAAUUAUUGGAUCAUUGCGGAAACCUGGUUGGCGUCAGCCUAGGCGGAAUUUUGGUUGACUUUUGGUCCUACCCAAUGCCAUUUUACGUCUUUGGGGCUGCCCUCACACUUUCAUCUCCUUUCAUCGUGAAAUUUCUACCUAAAGGUAACAAUAUGAAUGAUGCAAGUUCCCCAAGUAUAGAGGAAGAAAAAUCCAGCACAAUCCUUUGGAAACUUUUGUGUGACCCUUUAUUCCUUGUAGACAUGGUGACGAUCACGAUGUAUUGGUCAAUUACCGGUUUCAACUCAACAACACUGGAGCCCAGUCUUCGACUGUUCCACUACAGCAAUAGCAAAGUUGGCAAUGUCUUCGCUCUUCAGUUUUUAUCUUCUAUAAUUGGAAAUAUCAUUGCCGGUGCCUUCUGCCACUUUAAGAUGGAGGCAUUCUAUGGCUUCAUUGGACAAAUCUUUGCCACGCUUGCUUUUCUAAUUCUGGGACCCGCGCCAUUUAUUCCUUACGAACGAGCUCUGUGGAUGAUCUACCUGGCGCAAAUCUUCACUGGACUCGCCACAUCGGCGAUGUUUGCUUGCGCAUACAGUCAAGCACUGAGGGUUGCAAAGUGGCGUGGCUACUCUGACAACAUUCAAACAAACGGUUUUGUGUCCAUUAGCGUCCAAGCAAGCAUGGUCAUUGGCGGCUUAAUUACACCACCCUUGGCCGGUUACGUCGUCCAGGAAAUUGGAUACAGAAAUGGAACCGCGAUCAUGUUCGUACUGUACGCCGCGUGGAUACCUGUGACAUUUGGGCUGUGGAUGCACUCUCUAUUCUCGCUUGAAUCAUCUGGAGAGUUUUAA